CGGACAAUCGCACAGUUGAACUCACCACGUACCCAGAGUCCCGGACCGCCGGAUCCUUUGAAUCCUGAUGCGGAGAUGGCCGCCUCCCAUCCAAGGCGUCGCCCCCCGCCGCGCGGCGGCCGCGGCCACGGUUGCACCCCCCACCAGCGAGCUGGUCCGGCAACACAACCGCUCCCUCGCGGCUCUUCUCCGCCGCGGCCGCCUCGCCGCAGCUUGGCGCCUCUUCGACGCUCUCCCAGUCCGCAACGUCGUGACCUGGAACUCGCUCUUAGCGGCGCUAGCCCGCCGCAGCGACGUAAGCGCUGCCAGCGCCUUUUUCGCCUCCAUGCCCGUCCGGGACGUUGUGUCAUGGAACACUCUCCUCGCCGCCUACUCCCGCUCGUCGCACUCCCACCACCUCGCCGCCGCGCGCCGCCUGUUCGACGAAAUGCCGCAGCGCGACGGCGUCACGUGGAACACCCUCCUCAGCGCCUAUGUGCGCCGCGGGCUCAUGGGCGAGGCCGGGAAGCUGUUCGACGAGAUGCCGCAGAGGAGCGUCACUUCUUGGAACACGAUGGUCACCGGGUUCUUUGCUGCUGGUCAGGUGAGCAAGGCCCUCGACAUGUUCAAUGCGAUGCCUGUGAAGGACUCUGCGUCGCUGGGCACACUGGUGUCUGGGUUAGCCAAGAAUGGCCGGUUGCAUGAGGCAGAGGAGCUGUUGACAAAGCGCUUGACGGUGACAGACAUGGGCAAGGCUGUUGAUGCUUACAACACACUCAUCGCUGCGUAUGGGCAAGUUGGGAGGGUGGAUGAUGCCAGAAGAUUAUUUGAUAUGAUACCCAGAGGUCAGAAUCAGCACCAGAUGAGCAAUAUGAGGGUGUUUCAGAGAAAUGUUGUGUCAUGGAACACAAUGAUGAUGUGCUAUACCAGAACUGGAGAUGUUUGCUCAGCUAGGAUGCUGUUUGAUGAGAUGCCGGCUAAGAACUUGGAAUCGUGGAACACUAUGGUUGCUGGGUAUGCCAAGGUGUCCAAUAUGCAGGAAGCAGAGAAGCUGUUUUGGGAAAUGCCAGACCCUGAUAUGGUGUCCUGGAAUUUAAUAAUACGAGGAUUCACACAGAUAGGAGAGGUUGAGCAUGCCCGUGGAUUUUUUGAUAGGAUGCCAGAGCGUGCAAUCAUCUCCUGGAAUACAAUGAUAUCAGGUUAUGAACAAAAUGGGGACUAUGAUGGUACAAUUGAGCUAUUUUCAAAGAUGCUAGAAGUUGGUGGGACGCCUGACCGGCACACCUUCUCUUCAGUUCUAGCAGCAUGUGCGUCGAUCCCUAUGUUGCCCCUUGGAGCUCAGCUCCACCAACUUAUUGAGAAGUCGUUUCUGCCAGAUACUGCAACUAGCAAUGCCCUUAUAACAAUGUACUCCAGAGGCGGGGCAAUAACUGAUGCGGAAGCCAUCUUCAAUCAGAUGCGUACGCAAAAAUGUUUAGUGUCUUGGAAUGCACUGAUUGGAGGUUAUGAACACCAUGGUCGUGCUACAGAAGCCUUGCAGCUGUUCGAAGAAAUGAGGAGAGCCGGGGUUAUGCCAACACACAUAACUUUCAUUUCUCUUUUGAGUGCAUGUGGAAAUGCUGGCCUUGUCUCUGAAGGAUGGAGGGUUUUCCACACCAUGGUCCAUGAGUAUGGCAUUGCUGCUAGGAUUGAGCACUACUCAGCACUUGUAAAUCUCAUAGGUCGACAUGGUAAGCUUGAUGAUGCAUUGGAGGUAAUCAAUAGCAUGCCAAUUGCUCCGGACCGAUCUGUGUGGGGAUCUUUCCUCGGAGCAUGUACGGCGAAGAAGAAUGAACCACUGGCUCACAUGGCUGCAAAGGAAUUAUCCAAGAUUGAUCCCGAGAGUUCUGCUCCAUAUGUUCUGAUUCAUAACUUACAUGCUCGUGAGGGAAGGUGGGGAAGUGCAUCUCUGGCAAGGGAAGAGAUGGAACGGCAAGGUGUUCACAAGCAUGCCGGGUACAGCUGGAUUGAUUUGCACGACCAGGUGCAUGUCUUCAACGCAGGAGAUACCUCACAUCCCUUUAUCCAGGAGAUAUAUUCAGUCCUAGAAUGUUUUGACAUGUCAUCCAGAGAUUGGAGCUAGACGUGGGCUUAUUUUGCUGGCUUUGUAAGGCGGCAGUUGCACAAGCCAAAAAACAUGGGGAUAAGCCAGGCAACUCAAGUGAGUUUGUAUUACUCCCACUUAUCUGGUACACAUGUGUUUUGAUACUUACUUUUAAGUGUUGUUUCACAUCUAAUCACGAACCACGUUGUCACAUUAUCUCUCUCAAAAACACGUGUGCAAGGCCUGGUUGAACAGAUCCCACAACAGGUGCAUUCAAAGAUUGGCACAUAAGUUACUCUUCUAGUAUCAUCAUUUUGUUUAUGCCUUCUAAAUAAGCAUAUAAUGUUGUGUGCUUGAUUACCUGUUUAUGAAUCAUCUCUCCUCUGACAUAACACUCGCUCCCCAAAUUCUAAUUUUUUUUUUUCAAAAACGGAGGCAAAAGAUUUGCCUCAUAUAUUAAUUAAGGAGAUAAUAGAGUUUUACAGAUAGCCCUCAACUAAACAGUAUUUGACUUUGGUUAAAAUCCCAUAUUGUAGAUCGUCACUUGUAAUUUCAACAUGCUAUUCUGAAACAGAGACAUGCUUCCGUCGCACCCCACGCCAGCUUUGAUCUUUUCUUAUCCGCUCGUCUACCACCGCUUUGUCUCCCUUCCAUUUCAUGUCUCCAUCUAUCUUCUCUGGUGCUACGGAAGGACAGAGCGCUCACCUCGGUUGGGCGAGUAGUAACCGGAGGCGAGGACCGGGUGCUUGACUCGUUCAAUGGUGGGGAUGAUGGAUGUGUUUUCUUCUCACCUGCUUGAGGUCGCCAUGGCCAGCUGCGAUGAUUGGGCACCAAGAUUCAGUCAAUUACGCAGAGUACGGAGGUGAUGACUGCACAUCCGACUCGCUCGAGGAUGCCAUGCCUAGAAGCGAGGCCUGGGCGCUCAACUUAGUUGAAGACGAGGAUGACGAAUGUGAUGACUACACGGCCACACUAACGGUGGCAUGGCCAGAGGCGAGGUCUAGGUGCCACCGAAUGAGUCGGGCGCCCAGGAGUAACAUACUCCCCACUAUGGCUAGUCUAAAGCUGAACAGGAGCGAAAACAAAUUUCAUGAAUAUCAAUUCGAUUAAAUGUUAUCUACUCCAUGAAAGUCUUACAGUUCCAAGAAGUAUAAAUAUUAUCUCUGGAAAACAAAACAUGCAGACUCUAGCUGAAAACUUUUGAUUAGCCAUACUCAGUGCACGGACCCCCAGGCAUGUUCCGCCAUUACCAAAACUAAUUAUUAAUUACUCCCUUUUCUGUAACUCCCGAUCCAUUAGCUACUCUUGGAAUUAAUUUCUUGCAUGAUUUCCAAUAUUAUUAGCCGUUUCCAUCUACCUAGUGAUACAAGCAUUUAAGAGCUGGGUUUGCCUUUCAUCCGCUCCAUAUAUACUCCUUCCGUCUCCCAUAAGAGUAUUUGGCUGCCCAUGUUCUAGAUCUCUCUAGAAAGA